AUUCAGUCCAACUACAGAACACCCUUUGGACGUGUUUGAUAUAACUACAUACGUAUCCCGCUAUGGAAGAACCAACCUACGAUCCGAGCUGUCCUCUUGCGACCACCACUGUGGUCUACCAAUAUAAGCUGGCCAACUGUCCUGGGAAAACUACAGUGGGCCUGCUCGUCGAAUACCCGCCCAAUGGUGCUACGCCCCCUCAUCGGCAUGGAGGAGCUUCCGUCUCUGCGUAUGUGAUCAAAGGUUCGGUGUUGAACAAAAUGAACAACGACCCGAUGAAGGUGGUCGAGCAGGGCGGGUCGUGGUAUGAAGCCCCGGGGUGCCAUCAUCGGAUCAGUGCCAACGCCAGCAAGACCGAACCCGCGACGUUUUUUGUGAACUUCGUUCUUGACACCGAGACGCUGGAGCGAGAGGGGCCGGCUGUUCUGGUGCAGUAUGAUGAGGAGUAUAAGGAUAUUGUCGCCCAGAAGAUGAAGGCUUGAAAUAAAUGAGCUUUGUUGGGUUCGGUCU